UGGUUUUGUUUUCCUUCCUGUCUGUUACUUUGGAUUUCCUUUUUUGUUUUUGUUUUUGUUUUUUUUUAUAUUUACACAAAAUUGCUCAGUGUUUGUGCUUUUUCUUAGUGCUAUUUUUAUAGGAAAAUAUAGAUAGAGAUAAUAAUUAUAGUGCAAUGGAGAAUGAGGCUAGGGUUCCAGGAAGCGUUGGGGGGGAGCUGACACCCGCGUCAUCGGCGGACGAUGUGAGGCCGUCUUACUGGCUUGAUGCCUGCGAGGACAUACCCUGCGACCUCGUGGAUUUCGACACUUGUCCUGUUCCCAACUCUGUCGACAACGUUGGAAAUCAGGACGGCCUUGUCAGCGAUUUCUUCGGUGGAAUCGAUCACAUACUUGAGAGCAUCAAGAACGGUGGCGGCGUCCCUCUACCUCAGCUCCUUGAUUCUAAUUCCGCCGUCAAUGGCGGGGAUACGUGGUUCCAGGGCGACCCAUCUGAGGGCUCAUUUCCGCCGUCCGAUGGCAUCCACAAAGAGAUUACCGAAAAGAAAGUGGUGCCGCUGGUGGGGGAUAAUUCCUCAAGGGAAAAUGGAAUGCAAAAGGUUGAGAAGCGGGGUAGUGCGGAUGGGGAAGAGAGGUCUAGUAAAAGGGCUAGGAUUGGUAACUUCAAGAAGGAGAGGUGUUACUCGAGCAGAGUGCAGAAUCACCCCAAGGAUUGGGAAAGAUGUUUGAGUAGGAAGAGGGGUCGAGAUUGGGAUGAGAUUGAUAGGAGGGAUAGGGAUAAUGGUAGGAGAAGAGAACAUUACAGUAGUAAUAGGAGGGAUGGUAGAGAUAGGGAAUGGAGGGACAGAGAGGCAAAGGGUUAUUGGGAGAGGGAUAGGUCGGGUUCUGGUGACAUGGUUUUCCGCUUAGGUGCUUGGGAAGCCGACCGUAACAAAGACGCCAACAAGGCGGCCAAUGAAAAAAUCCAGGAAUCUGAUGCGAGGGCGGAGAGGAAAUCCGAGGAGGAACCAAAAGAAAAAAUUCCCCAAGAACAUGCUAGACAGUAUCAAUUGGAUGUUCUUGAACAGGCAAAGAAGAAAAACACAAUAGCCUUUCUUGAAACUGGGGCUGGGAAGACACUCAUUGCUGUUCUUCUCAUGAAAAGUGUUUCCAAUGAUUUACAAAGGCUGAAUAUGAAAAUGCUUGCCGUGUUUUUAGUUCCUAAAGUGCCGCUAGUCUAUCAGCAAGCAGAAGUUAUUCGCGAGCGGACUGGUUUCCAAGUGGGCCAUUAUUGUGGUGAAAUGGGUCAAGAUUUCUGGGAUGCUCGAAGAUGGCAGCGUGAGUUCGAAGCAAAACAGGUUUUAGUGAUGACAGCUCAAAUUCUGUUGAACAUUCUAAGGCACAGCAUAAUAAAAAUGGAAGCGAUAAAUCUCCUUAUUCUAGAUGAGUGUCAUCAUGCAGUGAAGAAACAUCCAUAUUCUUUAGUGAUGUCUGAGUUCUAUCACACGACACCCAAGGAUAAGAGACCAAUUGUAUUUGGAAUGACUGCUUCUCCUGUUAACUUAAAGGGCGUUUCCAGCCAAGUUGAUUGUGCGAUAAAGAUUCGUAAUCUGGAAAGUAAACUAGAUUCGAUAGUUUGUACCAUUAAAGACCGUAAAGAGCUGGAGAAACACGUACCAAUGCCCUCAGAAGUUGUGGUGGAGUAUGACAAAGCAGCCAGCUUAUGGUCACUUCAUGAGCAGAUAAAGCAAAUGGAAGCUGAAGUUGAAGAAGCUGCAAAAUCUAGCUCUAGAAGAAGUAAGUGGCAGUUCAUGGGAGCAAGAGAUGCCGGGGCCAAGGAGGAGCUGCGCCAAGUCUAUGGUGUUUCUGAAAGGACAGAAAGUGAUGGGGCUGCUAAUUUAAUUCAAAAGCUGAGGGCUAUAAAUUAUGCACUAGGUGAACUGGGUCAGUGGUGCGCUUACAAGGUUGCACAAUCUUUUUUGACUGCUUUACAAAAUGAUGAGAGGGCAAAUUACCAACUUGAUGUCAAGUUUCAAGAAUCCUACCUGAACAAAAUCGUAUCUCUCAUACAAUGUCAAUUAUCUGAGGGGGCUGCUUCUGACAAGGAUACAAAAGUUGCAGACACAGAAAGUGAUGUGGCUCAGGAUGGGACUGAAGCUGAUGAGAUUGAGGAGGGAGAGCUUCCUGACAGUCAUGUUGUAUCUGGUGGGGAGCAUGUGGAUGUGAUAAUAGGAGCUGCUGUUGCUGAUGGAAAAGUGACGCCAAAAGUGCAGUCACUGAUUAAAAUACUUCUCAACUAUCAGAACACAGAAGAUUUUCGUGCAAUCAUUUUUGUUGAGCGAGUUGUGUCUGCUUUAGUUCUUCCUAAGGUUUUUACAGAGCUUCCCUCUCUAAGUUUUAUUAAAUGUGCAAGCUUGAUAGGUCACAACAAUAGUCAUGAAAUGCGGACAUGCCAAAUGCAGGACACAAUUGCCAAAUUCCGGGAUGGACGUGUGACCUUGUUAGUUGCCACUAGUGUUGCUGAGGAAGGACUUGAUAUUCGGCAAUGCAAUGUUGUUAUUCGCUUUGACCUUGCAAAAACUGUCUUGGCAUACAUUCAGUCUAGGGGCCGGGCUAGAAAACCUGGGUCUGAUUACCUCCUGAUGGUUGAGAGGGGGAAUUUGUCACAUGAAGCAUUCUUAAGGAAUGCCAGGAAUAGUGAGGAGACCUUGCGGAAAGAAGCAAUAGAGAGAACUGACCUUAGUCAUCUUAAAGAUGUUUCAAGAUUAAUUUCAGCGGAUACCUCUCCGGGUACUGUGUACCAGGUGGAGUCAACUGGUGCGGUUGUAAGCUUAAAUUCUGCUGUUGGCCUCAUCCAUUUCUACUGCUCUCAACUACCCAGUGACAGGUAUUCAAUACUUCGUCCUGAGUUUAUCAUGGAGAGGCAUGAAAAGUCAGGGGGUCCCACUGAAUAUUCAUGCAAGCUUCAACUGCCUUGUAAUGCACCAUUUGAGAAACUUGAGGGUCCCAUCUGUAGUUCAAUGCGCCUUGCACAGCAGGCUGUUUGUUUGGCUGCUUGCAAGAAGCUCCAUGAGAUGGGAGCAUUUACGGACAUGCUCUUGCCAGACAAGGGAAGUGGGGAAGAAAGAGAAAAAGUUGACCAGAAUGAUGAAGGAGAUCCACUCCCUGGGACUGCUAGGCAUAGAGAGUUCUAUCCUGAAGGCGUGGCUGAUAUUCUUAAGGGAGAAUGGAUUUUAUCUGGAAGAGAUGUUUGCAAUGACUCAGAAGUGCUUCAUCUUUAUGUGUAUGCUGUUAAAUGUGUAAAUAUUGGCUCUUCAAAAGAUCCGUUCUUGACUCAAGUUUCAGAUUUUGCAUUACUUUUUGGCAAUGAGCUGGAUGCAGAGGUGUUAUCGAUGUCGAUGGAUCUAUUUGUCGCUCGAACCAUGAGUACAAAGGCAUCUCUUGUCUUCAGGGGGUUAAUGGAUAUCACUGAAAGUCAGUUGGCCUCCCUUAAGAGUUUUCAUGUAAGAUUGAUGAGCAUUGUACUGGACGUGGAUGUUGAACCUUCCACUACUCCUUGGGAUCCUACAAAGGCAUAUUUGUUUGUCCCCGUGGUUGGCGAUAAAUCUUUAGAUCCUAUGAGAGAAAUUGACUGGGAUCUGAUUGAAAAUAUUAUUAAUACAGAUGCAUGGAACAAUCCCCUUCAGAAAGCUCGACCAGAUGUCUAUCUUGGCACAAAUGAGAGGACACUGGGUGGAGACAGAAGGGAGUAUGGGUUUGGGAAAUUGCGUAAUGGGAUGGCUUUUGGACAAAAAUCUCAUCCCACCUAUGGAAUCAGAGGAGCCGUGGCACAGUUUGAUGUUGUGAAAGCUUCUGGACUGGUUCCUAAUCGGGAUGGUAUGGAAUUGCAAGAGCAUGUGGAUUUGACCAAAGGUAAACUGAUGUUGGCUGAUACUUGUAUGAGUGCGGAAGAUUUGGUAGGCAGAAUUGUCACAGCUGUUCACUCGGGUAAGAGGUUUUAUGUGGACUCAGUACGCUAUGAUAUGACUGCGGAGAAUUCUUUCCCGAGGAAAGAAGGAUAUCUUGGUCCUCUGGAGUACAGCUCAUAUGCUGAUUACUACAAGCAAAAGUAUGGAGUUGAGUUGAUCUAUAAGCAACAACCAUUGAUAAGAGGACGGGGUGUCUCAUAUUGCAAGAAUCUCCUGUCCCCUCGGUUUGAACACAAGGAAGCACCUGAAGAUGAAACUGAAGAGAAUCUUGACAAAACAUACUAUGUGUUUCUUCCUGCUGAGCUGUGCUUAGUACACCCACUUCCUGGAUCAGUUGUUCGUGGUGCCCAGAGACUGCCCUCUGUAAUGAGGAGGGUUGAAAGCAUGCUGCUUGCAAUUCAGCUCAAAGAUAAAAUAAACUAUACUGUCCCUGCUUCGAAGAUCUUGGAAGCCUUGACUGCUGCUUCAUGCCAAGAGACUUUCUGUUAUGAACGGGCAGAGCUUCUGGGAGAUGCUUACCUGAAAUGGGUGGUUAGUCGAUUUCUUUUUCUUAAAUACCCCCAGAAACAUGAGGGUCAGCUUACUAGGAUGAGACAACAAAUGGUGAGUAACAUGGUGUUAUAUCACUAUGCUUUGAGUAAAGGACUUCAAUCAUAUAUCCAAGCAGAUCGCUUUGCUCCAUCUCGAUGGGCUGCUCCUGGGGUACAGCCUGUCUUUGAUGAGGAUACCAAGGAUGGAGAAUCAUCCUUUUUUGAUCAGGACGGGUCACGUGCUGAGACUGAACAUGGGAUGGAUCUGUGCAGUGAUGGAUAUGAAAAUGAUGAAAUGGAGGAUGGUGAGCUUGAGAGUGACUCGAGUUCAUAUAGAGUUCUCUCCAGCAAGACGCUCGCAGAUGUUGUUGAAGCACUUAUUGGAGUUUAUUAUGUUGAAGGUGGGAAGCAUGCUGCGAAUCAUCUCAUGAAAUGGAUUGGCAUUCAGGUAGAGUUUGAUGCGGAUGAGAUAGAGUGCAUAACAAGGCCAUCGAAUGUUCCGGACAGCAUACUUAGAAGUGUAAACUUUGAUGCCUUAGAAGGAGCUUUGAACAUCAAGUUUAAUGACAGGGGCCUGUUGGUGGAAGCUAUUACUCAUGCUUCACGACCAUCUUCUGGAGUAUCCUGCUAUCAGCGUCUGGAGUUUGUUGGUGAUGCUGUCUUAGAUCAUCUCAUAACAAAGCAUUUGUUUUUCACGUACACUGAUCUGCCCCCAGGGCGCUUGACUGACCUGCGAGCUGCUGCUGUAAACAAUGAAAAUUUUGCUCGUGUUGCUGUCAAACACAGUCUCCACUUGCACCUUCGGCAUGGGUCAAGUGCCCUUGAUAAGCAGAUUCGGGACUUUGUGAAAGAAGUUCAUGAUGAAUUGUCAAAACCCGGGUUCAACUCGUUUGGUUUGGGUGACUGCAAAGCUCCAAAAGUUCUUGGUGACAUUGUUGAAUCCAUUGCUGGUGCCAUUUUUCUUGACAGCGAACGUGAUACUUCAGCUGUUUGGACGGUGUUUCAACCUCUCUUGCAACCAAUGGUUACCCCAGAGACACUCCCAAUGCAUCCUGUGCGGGAGCUGCAAGAACGAUGUCAGCAACAGGCGGAAGGCUUGGAAUACAAGGCAAGUCGAAAUGGCAAUUUUGCUACUGUUGAAGUCUUUAUUGAUGGCGUCCAGAUAGGAAUUGCUCAGAAUCCGCAAAAGAAGAUGGCACAGAAACUAGCUGCUAGAAAUGCACUCGCUGCAUUGAAAGAGAAGGAAACAGCUGAAGCCAAGGAGAAAGGUGAUGAAAAUGGGAAGAAAAAGAAGAAUGGGAACCAAACUUUUACUAGGCAAACAUUGAAUGAUAUCUGCCUGCGUAGAAAUUGGCCUAUGCCAUCCUAUCGGUGUGUGAGCGAGGGUGGCCCUGCACAUGCGAAGCGGUUUACAUUUGCUGUAAGGGUGAAUACUACGGACAAAGGAGCCACAGAUGAAUGUGUGGGAGAGCCUAUGCCUAGUGUCAAAAAGGCCAAGGAUUCUGCCGCUGCUCUUCUCUUGGAACUUCUAAAUAAAUUAUACUCAUAACGGCCAUUUUUGCAGUUCAAAUUAUCAUGCCUAAUCAUUGGUUUUUGAGUGGGGGCAGGCUGUUUUCAAGUGGCAAUAUCUGCCUUUUUGUUCACUGUAUUCAUUUAAAUCAAUAUUAAGUCCUAUGAAGUUCUAACCAAGUUCUAUGAAGCUGGAGAAAAUGUCUACUUCGUUUC